GCCAACGUUGACGGCACGCGUCGAAUGGCGUUCGGCGUUCGCGUCGCGAGUUGUUGUGCUUUGAGAACAAAAUGAAAUUGUGUGUGUUUUUUGUCGUUCAAGCGCAGGCUGAAUUUUGAAGAAUCGUGAAUCGAGCACACUGAAUGAAAUAUAUAAAUCAUGAAUAAGCAAAUCGAAGAAGAAGCCAAAGCGUCGCAGCCAAAGAUGAAAUCAACAACAACCAGAAAUUGCCAGUCAUAAAAAAAGGGAUAGUAAAGGAACCCAAAGUGCUUCCAUCAUAGAAACAAACUCCAUAACCAUGGACACAGAUAACCGCGGACGACAUCCAGCCAUGAACACCAACAUCAGCAGCAGUGGCGCCACCAACAGCAUACCUCGCAAUGGAGGCUUCUGUGGUGCACUGCAGCGUGCCCCUCCCCCAAUGCCCCCUGGCCUGGCCAGACGACUCGCCAGUCGCGAAUGCUACGGCGUGGGCAAAGUGAAAGUCAUGCUACGGGUCGCGGACAAGGCGUCCUCCAUUUCCAACUCCAUCACGAACUCGGGGGAACCCCAUUUUAUGGCGCUGGACAAGAAGAAGCGCCAGGUGACCCUCACAGAUCCCAAGAACGUCUGCGUUCCACAAGCCCAAGAAAGGGCUCCUAUGGUUGCCGCACCCAAGAUGUUUGCAUUCGAUAAUUUGUUCAGUGCAGAGGAUAAACAGUCGGACGUGUGUGCGGCAGCUUUGAGCGAGGUUAUACCUGCGGUACUCGAGGGCUCCGAUGGCUGUCUGCUGGCCAUGGGCUACCCGGGGACUGGGCAACCGCAGACGGUGCUGGGCGAUCUGGGAUCUUCAUCUUCGGGGAUGUGCGCUUUAGGGGCAGCGCCGUGUGCCAUCGCCUGGCUGUACAAGGGCAUCCAGGAGCGACGACAGAAGAGCGGAGCACGGUUCUCGGUGCGUGUGAGUGCCGUUGGCGUUAGCGCGACCAAACCGGAUGCUCUCUCCACGGAUUUGCUCAUCUCGCAUGCCGCUGAAUCUGACGACUCCCCGGGGAUUUAUUUGCGUGACGACUUCCUUGGUGGCCCAACGGAACUACGUGCACCCACCGCCGAGCGUGCGGCCCUCUUCCUCGACUCGGCCCUCGCCGGACGCUUAAAAAGUUCCGGCAACUCCGCUGCCGCUGCCUCCAGCUCCAGCUCCAGUUCCACAACCAAUUCCAACUCUGCAACGAGCUCGAGCUCAUCGACGACGCUGGAGUCCGCCCUCAUCUUUACGCUGCACGUCUACCAAUACAGCUUGUCCCGCAAGGGGGGUGUUGCUGGCGGUCGCAGCCGUUUACAUAUCAUCGACUUGGGCGGCUGUGCCAAUCGCAACGGGGGUCUGCCGCUCUCGGGAAUUGGCAACAUACUGCUGGCCAUAUUGAGUGGCCAGAGGCAUCCGCCACACAAGGACCACCCGCUGACGCCUCUGCUGAAGGAUUGCCUGGCGCCCAUUACCUGCCAUGUGGCAAUUGUCGCACAUGUGCUGCACGCGCAAAGCUAUCAGGAUGCACUCUCCACCAUCCAGAUUGCUUCGCGCAUCCAUCGCCUACGGCGUCGCAAACAUCGUGUUCCCAUGCCCCUUGCUGUUGGUCUCGCUCAGGGCAUGAAUCCUGGAGCGGGUGGCUCUUCAGCUGGUUCGGGGGCGGAUCCAUCAAGCUCGGAGAUCUCAGCAGACACAGUCAUAUACAUGGGACCCCAUGAUGAUGCCACCGACGGCGAACAUCCGCCUGUCUAUUUGCCAUCGUUGAGUGCCGGCGACAAUCGCGGAUUGCUAAGCAAGGCGCUCAAGGGCAGCGGGGCAGAGAAGCCACCAGUUCAAGCACAACCCAAAUCCAACUGUGCCAGUCCAUUGAUGAAGAAGGCCGCCCUCGAAAAGGGUACAUUCUCUUACCUGCCUUCGCAUUCCUCUCCAGCCAAAAAGCAGCAGGCCACGCUGAGCUCCACUGGUAGCCUAAAGCGCCAUAAUAAUUCUGGCAAUGCUGCCACCACCUCCGCCAUGGCAGCACACAGUAGCUUGGUGCAUGAACAGGUGCCACCAGGCUCGCCGCUGCCGCGUCACAUGUGCUCCAAGGCAUCCAAUAUGCCCACGCCAAAGGGAUCGCCACUGAGGCGUCCACACGGUUCGACGCCAGGUGCAGCACUGGAACAGCUCGAGGCGGGCAUGCGAAAGAUUACCGAGGAACAGUGGAUCGAUGGACCGCGUGUCUCGCGCGCCAAAGUGGCGGAAGCGAGGCAUCUGAUGCGUGAGGUGAACCACGUGAAGCAGUGUGAGACCUGGGUGGAUGGCCCGAAGUCAUCUCAGUCGUGUCGUUCACUCACUGCGGGCAAUCUGCCGACGGCCAACCAGACACAGGGCUAUGGCUUCAUGGAUGCGCACAAGAAGACCAUGAUACGUCAGUGGGUGGAGAAUCAGACCACGCAAGUCUUCCAGAACACAGCGUCCGCCAGCAAUUCGCCAACAGCGCUGCACUUGAAGCUAUCGCAACUAAAGCAAAAAUCCCUCGAUUUGCCAGCGGAGCGAACUGCUUUUCAAGCGGAAGCGGAGUUUGAUAGUCUGCCGCUCCUCAUGGGCAGCCAGGAUGUGCCACAGGAUGGCGAUGAUCAGGACAGUGGACCGUCAGAAGUGCCGCCAGCGUUGCCGUUGCUCGAUGACCCCUUGGUGGGCUCCAGGGACAUUUCCCACGACAGUCUGCAUCGCAUGCUGUCGCGUCAUGUGUCGCGCGAGCAGCUUCAGGAGGCGGAGCUGGCUGCUAGUCGCAGCAGCUCGCAGCAUCCGUCGCAGCGCAGCAUUGACUGUGGACUGCAGGUGACGGAGGAGGAAAUCGCACGCACGAUGGCCAGGGAAAGGGAGCGGGACAAGGAGAAGGAUCAAGCGCAUCCCUUGGCGGCUUUGAGUCACUGCGACAACUUGAGCUUUGUGUCCAGCUUCAACAUGGCCUGUGAGUCCUUUAGCGAGUGUGGCGAACGCGCGAGACAUCAAUUCGAUCAGCUGGCGCGUCUACAUGAGAUCUUCACCUCCCAGCUGGCCAUGGCCGAGGUGACGCCCUCGGCGGCACUCUAUCGCACCGAUGUCGGGAGCGUGUUCAGUGAGCCCGCCUUUCGCUUCAACGUCGGACAGAGCAGCGUCUGCAGUGAGCCCGCCUAUCGCCUCACGCCCAGUCCGCCCAAGCAGCCAUCGCACAGUCCCAGUCAGGGCUCGCUGCCCAGCUUGAAUGGCAUCAUGGAGAUUGCGGGCAUGGAUGACUAUGCGCUGCUGCGUCAACCGGACGGCGCCUCGGAUCCCAGUUUGCCCAAGAGCGAGAAACGCUUUGCGCCGCAGCACGACGACAUCAGUGAGCUGGAGGAGAAGUCGAUGGCAACGGCGGGCGGUAGACGUAACUCCCUCGAGGAUGCACAGCACAAACUCAACGAGAUCACCAACAUCUUGCCACUGUCGGCGCAAUCACGACUGCCGCUGCUGCCGUUAAACACCAGCUCGGAGGCUUAUGACAGUGGCCACGAUUCGUCGACGCCGCGCACAUCGAAGCAUUCGGGGAUCUCGAGGCGAGCGGAGAGCGGUUAUCACAGUGUGGCGACGGUACGCGACUCGGAUGAGAGCAGCUUUGCCUCGGGCAUGUCGAAGAAUCAGCGACAUCGCAUCACCAUAUCGGGUGGCAGCCAAGGUGGCAACUAUCAGAGGCAGGGCAAGAAGCGAACGCGUCACGAUGGCAGCGGCGGUGGCAACAAAGGACUCUGCAAUUGGCUCCUCAAUCCCUUCUCCUGCACCUAUCCCGAGACUGAGGGCGAGAUCAGUGAUUUCUAAGUUUGGCAGCGAGAAGACGAAGUUCGCACCCACCAAAAGAUAGACAGAGAGAGAGGAAGAGUAACUAGAGCUAGUCCAGCAUUCAAAUGGCCAAAGAGAUUUACAAACACAAACACACACACACACAUCAUGAUCACAUAUGGAGAACACACUUGCUUUGGUGGAUCUCAACUAUACACAUACAUAUAUAUUGACAGCGACUGAUUAACUUUUACUUGGCGCCGGCAGCCACAAAAACAAAAAUCAAUUUUAAAUCGAUUCGCAAAAGUCGAAGAAUCGGUAAUCGAAUCUAAUCUAACCCAACUACCUAAUUAUACCUUAUAUACCUAUGCUAUCAAUGAGACGCCAUUCACAACACUCAUUCACUCAUUCACUCAAUCACUCACUCAUUCACUCACUAAUACACGCAUAAGUUCAAACGGGGCUUUAAGCAUCUUAAGUUGCCAGCUAGCAUAAUGAGAAAUACAAUUUUAUGACGGGGGCACUCCAGUGACGAACUCAAGUUUUUAACACUGAUAUCAAUUCGUAACAAUUAAGAGCGGCAGAAUUUAAUGAUGCACACGAGUGUCCCCAUUGUAUCUAUAUAUAUAUACAUAAAUAUUUAAAUCAUAUUCCAACUUAAUCAGGCCACAAUCACUAUGUCUUUACAAGCGAAAAAAUAUGAUAAACAAAAUGGAAGUUAAGAGAAGAAGAGAUGCAUUAUAUACAUAUAUAUAUCAUAUAUACAUACAUACAUCUAUAUAUACAUGCAUAUAUAUACAUUAAUAUUACAACAACAACAACAAAAAGAAGCUAUUUAUUGUUUAUUUUGGGUUAUUCGAGAACGAGAACGAAAACGAAAUCAAGAGAAUAGGAGAAGAUGGAAAAUUGUAUGCUAAAUGUUAAAUGUUUGCUUAUUCAAACACUUUAUUGCCAAUUAUAAGUUACAAAAUGUUUAAAUUAAUUGUUAGUUAGCUAAAGUUAUACAUCUACUAAAAGAAACACACAAAUACACACACACAAACACAAAAAACGAAGGGACAACUGCAAGAAGAGCAUGAAGAACAAGAACCACUGACUAUAAACGGUUUUUUCGAUGUAGACAAAUGUUAAACAUACAAUUUUGUUGCCAUUUUUGCCUAAUAAAACUAUGUUACCAAAACAAACGAACGAAACGUAAAAAAUUCAACAAAAAAAUACAAAAAAAAACAACAAGAAAACGAUAUAUAUAUUAUAUGUAUAUUUAUCAGAGAGAGAUAU